AUGGCCCUGGUUCUGCAGCUCCUGCUGCUCUCAGGAACUCAAGGAGACCCGGAGGCUUUCUUGGAGGGUCGCCCUGGGGACCGGGUGAAUCUUUCCUGUGUAGGAGUCUCACGCCCCAUCCGCUGGACCUGGGCACCUAACUUUCCAGCCUGUAAGGGCUUGUCCAAAGGGCGCCGCACGAUCAUGUGGGCCUCAUCUAGCGGGACAUCCACGGUGCCCCCUGCCCAGCCUUUCACUGGCCGCCUACGUGCCCUGGACCCUGGCAUCCGGCGGCUGGAGCUGCUCUUGAGCGUGGGAGAUUCGGGCACCUUUUUCUGCAAGGGCCGACAAGAGGAGGAGAGCCGUACGGUGCUUCAUGUACUGGAGGACCCCGCCAACUGUAGGACCGCGGGACGUCCCCAUGGGCCUUUGUAUUCCCAGGUUCUGAUCCCGCUGUUUAGCGCCGGGUUGGCGCUGGGACUAGGAGUGUUGGGCGUGGCCUGGUGGCUGCGCAGGCGCUCUCCCCGGCACCAGCUUCGACCACCCUCCAGAUUUGCUCCGCUCUUGAAAACCGAGCCCCAGAGGCCAGUAAUGGAGGAGCCCAAGCUCCCAGAGGAUCCUGAUCAGGAAGCGAGCCUGCUUUAUGCGGACCUGGACCAUAUGGCCCUGAGAAGCACUCGCCGCCUGUCCCUAGAGGUCCCAGCUGAUGCCUCCACCAUCUAUGCAGUUGUAGUUUAA